GUAGCGUCCAUCACAGUGCGUCCCGCAGCGCGACGUUACGUCAUGGCGUCAUAUCCUCUUCACCGCGUCGUUUGAAGUAGAUGGAAAAGCUCAGCCGUAAACGCUAGCAGCAGCAGCGAUGUCUGCGAGUCUGACUCCGGAACAGAGGAGGAGGAUAGAAGAGAACAGACAGCGAGCUCUGGCCAGAAGAGCCGAGAAACAGGCUCAACUCACCCCUGGAUCGGCCCAAAGCAGAACAGAGCCCGCUAAGAGCAGCCAGCUGCUUGCAUCUGCUCCAGGAGCAAGACAGACUCAGCUCAUAGACACCCAAGUACCCUGUACAAAGACAGCACCUCCAACGUCUAAUGCUUCUUCUGCAACUCAUAACUUUUAUGGACAGUCAAGCAAACCGACCGCAGGGGAAAAGCGACCAGCUAAACUUCCCGAAGCAGGAGGGAGUGUCCCUGCAAAGAAGCCAGCGGUGAAUGUGAAAGGGAAAUGCGUGUCACACUCAGAAAAUCGCUUCCGAGUGGAGGUCGGCUACCAUGCUGACCUCAUCACUGCGUUCAAAAGCAUUCCCUCUAAGACCUAUGAUCCUGCUACAAGGAUGUGGAACUUCAGCCUUGAGGACUACCAGAUGCUGAUGGAGCAGGCGGCGAGUCUCCCCUCGGUCUCUCUCAAACCUCUGGAUGGGAUGGAGGGGCUGAACGUUUCAGCGUCCACCGGUCGCCCCAAAGAUGCUGCAGCCCUGGCUGCUCUCAUGAGGCUCUGUCAGGGCUGGCAGAAACCAGGGGCCACGGUAAAGGGGAAGUGCGUUUUGGUGUCUCGCAGUCGGAUGGAGGUGGAUAUUGGAUACCACGCGGACGUUAUUGAAAUCUUCAAGAAAAUGCCAUCCAAAAAUUAUGACAUGAAGACCAGGAAAUGGAGUUUCCUUUUGGAGGACUACGGGAAACUCAUGGCGGGUCUGAGCGAGCUGUCUGUGGUGGAGAUAGAGCCUUUACCUCCCGCUGUGCUGCAGUCCUUCUCCUGUCAGUUUGAGAAGAGCGAGUCCAGAGCUCCGGUCCCUCCUGAGAGCGAUCUCUCGCACGUGGAUCCUCAUCUCACCCGCAGCCUCAUGCCCUUCCAGAGAGACGGGGUCAAUUUUGCAGUGUCCAGAGAGGGCCGUUUGCUGCUGGCGGAUGAUAUGGGUCUGGGAAAGACCGUCCAGGCCAUCUGCAUCGCCGCCUUCUACAGGAGUGAGUGGCCUCUGCUGGUGGUGGCGCCGUCCUCGGUGCGCUUCACGUGGGCCGAGGCUUUCCGCCGAUGGCUGCCGUCCGUCAGAGCCGACAGCGUCAAUGUGGUGGUUACGGGCAAAGACAGCCUUCGCUCCGGCCUCAUCAACAUCAUCAGCUACGACCUGCUCAACAAGAUGGACAAACGGCAGCCGUCCGCCCCUUUCAGCGUCAUCAUUAUGGACGAGUCUCACUUCCUGAAGAACAUGAAAACGGCUCGCUGUCGGGCGGCUCUUCCUCUGCUGAAGACCGCUAAGAGAGUGAUCCUGCUGUCGGGAACGCCUGCCAUGUCCAGACCUGCUGAGCUCUACACUCAGAUCCUGGCUGUGAGGCCUUCUCUGUUUCCACGCUUCCACGACUUUGGCACACGCUACUGUGAUGCUAAACAGCUGCCGUGGGGCUGGGAUUACUCCGGCUCGUCUAAUCUGAGUGAACUGAAGCUGCUGCUGGAGGAGUCUCUGAUGCUCCGCCGCCUCAAAUCAGAGGUGCUCUCUCAGCUGCCCGCCAAACAGCGUAAGGUGGUCACAGUCACCACGGACGGCAUCAACUCUCGCACCAAAGCUGCUCUCAACGCCGCUGCCAAACAACUCGCCAAAGGAUACAACAACAAGUCACAAGAGAAGGAAGCUCUCCUGGUUUUCUUCAACCACACAGCAGAGGCCAAGAUCAGAGCCAUCGUGGAGUAUAUCUCAGACAUGCUGGAGUGUGGACGAGAGAAGUUUCUGGUGUUUGCUCAUCAUAAACUGGUGCUGGACAGUAUAACCAAAGAGCUCGGGGAGAAGGGAAUCAGCCACAUCCGUAUCGACGGCUCGACGGCGUCCGCCGAGCGCCAGCAGCUGUGUGAGCGCUUCCAGUCGUCACCGAGGAGCUGCGUGGCUGUCCUGUCCAUCACCGCCGCUAACAUGGGGCUCACGCUGCACUCGGCCGACCUCGUGGUGUUCGCCGAGCUCUUCUGGAACCCCGGAGUCCUGAUUCAAGCGGAGGACCGCGUGCACAGGAUCGGACAGACCAGUAAUGUGGACAUUCAUUACCUGGUCGCUAAAGGCACAGCGGACGACUAUCUUUGGCCCAUGAUCCAGGAGAAAAUGAAUGUUUUGGAGCAGGUCGGUUUGUCUGAAUCCAACAUUUCAGAGAAGGCAGAGUCUGCCAGCUUUCACAGCAAAGACCCGUGUCAGCUGACCAUCACCGAGAUGUUCCAGAGGUCCUUCGACGAAGAGGAGAUGCUUGCUUUAGUUGAUCACGAUCAGUAAGAACGUAAAUUAUUGCUUAAAAUAUACAGCCGCUUUCAAAACCAAUCACUGGACCCGUUUCUUUUUUGUUUGUGAGUAAAAAAUAGAACUAAAUAAAGCCUAAAAGUGAUUGGUACCACUGUCGGUUUCGAUAUUAAUAAAGUAAAAAAAGAAAUAAAUAAAA